AAUGUGUAGCAGGACACCUGCCCACGACAGCCACAGUCAUUAAAAAUUGAUUGCUCAGAACAUGGGACGCUUCAGAUGGGAGCUUUCCAUGUGAUUCAGUGAGUGCCUUUAUCAGCGGCAGCUGCAGUUCCCCUCACAGACACUCACACUGCCUCUCUGAGCACGAGAAACAAGGACGUCCUUCUUUUGCCUGGAAACCAGAGAUGUUAGUAACGAGCAGUUAAAGCCUCGCUGUAUCAGUACUGCUCAACUUUCAUUUCUGAGGAGUUAAUCAGCUUCUAGAGACAUUUGAAAUCGCCGUGCAGAUCUGGCGACAAGGGACUACUUGAAAAGCUCAACCUGAAUGUAAUAUUUGGUUGAAGAAGGCAGGAAUAAAAAGCCAUCAUCAUGAAUUUUGUUAUGAAGCAAGCUCUGGGAGGGGCGACCAAAGACAUGGGGAAAAUGCUGGGGGGCGAGGAGGAGAAGGACCCUGAUGCCGAGAGAAAGGAGGAAGAAAGACAGGAAGCCCUGAGGCAACAGGAAGAGGAGAGGAAGGCAAAGUAUGCAAAAAUGGAAGCGGAGAGGGAAUCACUUCGACAGGGCAUCAGGGAUAAGUAUGGUAUAAAGAAGAAGGAAGAGAAGGAGGCAGAAGCCCAGGCAGCCAUGGAGCAGGCAUCAGAAGGCAGUCUGACCCGUCCCAAGAAAGCAAUCCCUGCCGGCUGCGGCAAUGAAGAAGAGGAGGAGGAAAGCAUCGUGGACACCGUCAUGAAAUUCCUCCCAGGCCCAUUUCAAGAUAUGUUCAAUAAAAAGUAACAACAUUCCACAACAUGUUGUAAUAAAACAGGAAUCAUUAAUGUCAUGAAAUCCACCUUCUCUUUCCCCUUCCCCUCUCUCGCAUAUGUUCAAAGAUCUCUGGACUCAAAAUUUGUGCCACAUCAUGUCUUUAACAAAAAAAUAGACAUUUU